AUGGAAAUUUAUAAUCGAUAUUCUGAAAGUGAUGGGUUUUGUAAUGCUUAUAUCGCUUGUGCUUCUACUGGUAAAGCUGCUGUGGCUAUCAAUGGGACAACAGUACACACUGCACUGAAGAUAAGUCUUUCAAAGUUGCUUCCUUUAUCAAUUGAAGUAGCCCAACAAUAUAGAUCACUUUUUAAAUAUGUUCGUGUAUUGAUUAUCGAUGAAAUUAGUAUGAUUGGAGCCGAGUUGUUGUCCCAAAUAGAUUCAAGGUUAAAGCAAAUCACCGGUAAUUUUGAAGUCCAUUUUGGUGGAUUAGAUAUAAUUUUGAUUGGUGAUCUACGUCAACUACCGCCAGUUCGUGCUACCCCAAUUUACAAACAAAUAAAACGACAAAUAGCAGGUUCAACACUAUGGCGAGGGUUGAAAUUUUUCGAACUAAACGAAGUUAUGCGACAAGCUAAUCAAAGUUUUGCAACAAUAUUAACAAAAAUUGGUAAUGGACAGUUGUUAGAUCAGGAAGAGCUAGAUUUAAUUGAGUCACGGAUUUACUCUGAAGAAGAAGCUGAGAGACUUUGUCCAGACGGUAUACGAUUUGUUUUUAAUAAUCAUUCAGUUGCUGAAUACAACAAUAAAAUUUUGAAUUCUAUAGAAGAAAAAGUGAAUUCAGAGGCAACUGAUAUAUAUAUUGGAUGUAGAAAUGUUGAACAGCAAACUUCUAUGCGUCAAAAAUUACAUAAAAUGUCAACUAUUGAUACAGGAGGUUUGCCAUAUCAAAUUACAUUGGUUUUGAACAAACCAUACAUGAUAACAACUAACAUCGAUGUAUCAGAUGGAUUAGCAAAUGGUGCGACGGGAAAAUUAAUUUUCAUUGAAUAUAAUGACAAAGGAGAGAUAGGUCGUUUAUGGCUAGAAUUUCCAGAAUCUCCAAAAAUCGGAGAAAAAUUGAGAAGAAAGGCAGCGGCAUCAAUUCAAAACAAUAAUCUUCAUCCACUGGCAGUACCAAUAGAUCGCAGAACAUCAUCUAUACCACUAGUACCUAAUAAAACCGUUAUUGUAAAACGUAAUCAUUUCCCAUUAGUCUCUGCAUGUGCAAUGACGAUUCACAAGUCCCAGGGAGCUACUUUUGGUGAGAUUGUAUAUGAAUAUGAUAAAUCACACGUUCAACAACUCCUGUACGUCGCAUUAUCACGAGUUACAUCAAUAAACGGCUUAUAUCUCGUUUCAAAAAAAUGA